UUGUUUGCAGGGGGAAGGAUUUCAGCGCCGUACCGAAUGCAUGCUGCAACUUCGCUGCUUCCUAUCAUCAGGGGUCACGUUUGAAUAUAAAGUGGAGAGUAAAAGUCGUUCGAUCUAUAGACAUUCACUGACGGGUGAAAUAAUAAUUACAACAUGCUUCGCACUGUUUGUCGGACUGGAAGUGCUCUUCUGAAGCACUCUCGCCGCAGCACACCCUCACAGUGGGCAGCCCUGGCCCAGCAGAGAUGGGCCUCCAGCCUCCCCAUGAACACUGUAGUGCUCUUUGUGCCUCAGCAGGAGGCCUGGGUGGUGGAGAGAAUGGGCAAGUUUCACCGUAUCCUGGAACCAGGAUUGAAUUUCCUUAUUCCGAUAUUGGACAGAAUUCGUUAUGUGCAGAGCCUGAAGGAGAUCGUCAUCGACGUGCCAGAACAGUCUGCCGUCUCACUGGAUAAUGUGACACUGCAGAUUGAUGGAGUUCUGUAUCUCAGAAUACUAGAUCCUUUUAAGUCCAGCUAUGGAGUCGAAGAUCCAGAAUAUGCUGUGACUCAGUUGGCACAAACCACAAUGCGCUCUGAGCUUGGAAAGUUGACCCUUGACAAAGUUUUUCGGGAAAGAGAGUCCCUGAACUCCAACAUCGUCCAUUCCAUCAACCAGGCGUCAGACGAGUGGGGCAUUCGCUGCCUUAGGUACGAGAUCAAGGACAUUCAUGUUCCUCCGCGUGUUAAGGAGUCCAUGCAGAUGCAGGUGGAGGCAGAACGAAGGAAGAGGGCCACCGUGCUGGAGUCCGAAGGCACCAGAGAAGCAGCCAUCAACGUGGCGGAAGGCAGGAAACAGGCACAGAUUCUGGCCUCUGAGGCCGAGAAGGCAGAACAGAUCAACAAGGCAGCCGGUGAAGCCAAUGCUGUCUUGGCCAAAGCAGAGGCAAAGGCUAAAGCCAUUAAGCUGCUGUCUGACGCCCUGACAGAGCAGAAUGGCGAUGCCGCGGCCUCCUUGAGUGUCGCCGAGCAGUAUGUAUCUGCCUUCUCCAACCUGGCCAAGGAGACCAACACCAUCCUGCUGCCUUCAAACACUGGAGACAUCAGCAGCAUGGUCUCCCAGGCCAUGACCAUCUACGGCAGCCUGGCCCAGCCGAAGAAGGGCAGGCUAUCUACCGCUACCACGGACACAGCGGCCAGCAUUCUGAGAGCGGAGACCGAGGAGAAACACCUCAGUGAGGGAUCCUCACUAUCGCCUCCUGGUGGUCAAUAGAUCACAGACUCGGACUGUUGCCGAGCAGAGGAGGCCGAUUUCAGUCCUUUUCAAGAACUGGCUCGAGCAGAGGUGGGCAGGCCGGCCCAGAGACCACAGUGUCUGCAUUUCUGCAGUAUUCCAGCACUACGGUCAUUGUUCCAUGAGAAAGUAAUAGUACCAAACUUGUGGUGCGAAUAAUGCACAAGUCGUAUGAUCAGAUAACAAACAUUUAGUCGGACGAUGUAUCCAAAACAUGACUAAUUUGGGGAGAGAUUCCUCAAUUGCUGGAACAUAACAGAAAUGCAGAGACUCUGUGGCUUUUUUGGACGCUGUUGCUUACCCUCCUGAAGGUGGAAGACCUGAAGGAAAGGCAUCCUCAGGAGAAGCCAGAUGACCAGGCUUAAGUUACAGGCAAAAUCGUCAACAUUCUGUUUUUCCGCCGUUUGUAUUUUUUUUCCAUUGUGUUUAAAUUCCUUCAGGUGUACAUCCUCCAGUUUCCAGUGUAACACACACUGAUUCAUCCUCCAGUUUCCAGUGUAACACACACUGAUUCAUCCUCCAGUUUCCAGUGUAACACACACAUUCCUGACUUGUAUGUGAACCUAAGCAUCACUCGCUGGGAUGCCGUAGGUCUCCAGUGCAAGUUUGGUGGUUGAUGUGAUUUCUGGUACCCCAGCCAUUCAGCAGCAUCUCACCAUAUUCACAAGUACUGCGAGUUGGUGCCUCCACCUUUUAAGCGUUAUCACUGUAAUUCUUCUACCCAGUAAUUAAUUCUUAGCACAAAUGUGCCCAUGUUUGACAUACAGAGAUGCACUGCAGUGGGAUGCCUGAAGCUGAUUAAUGAAAAUGUGUGAGAGAAAUGUUGAGCUUCUCAGUCACACCACAGUACAUAAUUUGACUUGGAUAGAAGACAUUUCUGCAGUCAUUAUGUACUAUUAUCAUAUGUAAUUAGCAAGCCAUUUUAUGAGGGAGAAUUGUGAAGAUUGUACACCUGUGAAAUAUUAAAUAUUCAGAAAAGGC